AUGAAGGGUAGGCAGCUUGAUCACUUAGGCAUAAGAGUUGAGUUAGUAGGCAUGAUCUAAGGUGUCUAUGAUUAGAAAUUGCAAAGUUAGUUCCUGAGUUUGAUUAGAGAUUUAGAACCCCCUGGGUCUCUAAAUGAUAAUGUGUCCUAUGAUUUUCAAUUUGGAAGAGUAGAUAAGUAAUUUCAAUCAUACAAUGGCUCUCAAGUUAAGUUAAGAAGUUAUGGAAAGAUAACGAAAGAAGAAGACUUCGUAGUGGAACACUUAUAGUUAGAACCAGAUGCAAAUCCAAAGAUUUAGAUGGAGGUGGGAAUUGAAGACUAUUUACUCAUUGGGUUUGAGUUUCUUAAGUCAAAAUUUCAUAUUAAGGACUGCAUCGAGGGUCGAAUCACUUUUAUUCAGAUUAAGCUGAGGAUCAAGCACAUGGAGUUAAGUAUAAUAAAAAAAGAAACUAUAAAUACUAGCAACAAUUAGCAGUCUGUUGAGACUGAAACUUUGUCUAAGUUUGAGAUAAUGGAUGGAGGAUCGAUAAAAGGCGAAAAUGUCCCUGUUAGAUUUUAUCUCUCAUCAACUAAGCUGACUCCGACCUAUAGGAAUGUGAAUAAUAAAUUCUCAGUAAAAUAUCAAAUGAUGAUAAACGUAAUUGAUGACGAGGAUAGGAGGUAUUUUAGAUAUUAAGAUAUUGAAUUAUGGAGAAAGAAAAUUUGA